AUGGUAAAACUACUAGUGGAGAGUGGCGUGAACGUAAACAGUACGGAUAAUUUUGGUGACUCUGCCAUGAGUGCAGCUGCUUCUGGGGGUGGCUUGUCCUGCGUUAAAUUCCUCGUAGAAAAUGGGGCGGAUGUUAAUAUCAGAAAUGAAGAUGGUGACACGGCAAUACAUUUAGCAGGCGGACAACAGCGACUGGAGAUUGUAAAAUUGUUCGUCGAAAAUGGAAUGGAUAUUGGUGUUAGAAACAAUUAUGGACAAACAGCUCUUCAUGCGGCCGCUUCAAGAACUGAUGAGAACAAAAUUCAGUUUCUUGUGGAACAUCAAGGCGCUGAUGUCAAUAUCGAGGACAAAGAGGGACGUACGGUGCUACAUCUAGCCGCAGAGAAGGACCAGUUAUACAUCAUCAAAUCACUUAUAGAAGCUGGAGCAGACGUUACCGUUAAAGACAGAAACGGUCUCACCCCACUGCACUUGGCCGCAAAGGAAGGUCAUGGUUUGGUAGAAUUCUUAGUUGACCAAGGCGCAGAUAUUGAAAGCAGAGACAACAGAGGAAACACGCCAGCUGCCUUGGCCAAGAAGGCAGGUCAUGUGCAACUAUUCCCAUAUUUGAAGGCAAAAAAUGGAUGA